AUGGGGGGUGGGAAACCAGCAGGGACUCCGAAAGGGCGUCACACUGGCUCUGAAGCUCUCAGGGUGGAAGCAGAGACGGACAAUGACGAAGAUUUUGAUGCAGCAGAGACGGACAAUGACGAAGAUUUUGAUGCAGCAGAGACGGACAAUGACGAAGAUUUUGAUGCAGCAGAGACGGACAAUGACGAAUCUGGCUUUGAAGCGGACUGGGUUUUCGAAGAUGAAUCUCCAGCAGCAGUAAUAGUGAGGAGGAUGCCAGUGAAGUAUCAGGGCCAAGUGUGCGAAGAGGACGGCCUCCAGGUGGUGCUGUGCUCUGGUCGGGACUGCCUUCGUGCGGGGGAGUGGUGCUCCAGCGACCCCGCCUGCAGCCCUCGGCUCCGGACCUUGCGGCAGUGUGUGGCUGGGAACGGAAGCAUGAAGCUGGGCCCUGGGGCCCGCAACCAGUGCGAGAAUGCGGUGACAGCCCUUCACUCCAGCCCCCUGCAUGGCUGCAAGUGUAAGAGAGGCAUGAAGAGAGAGAAGAGCUGCCUCAGCAUCUACUGGAGCCUCCACCAGUCCUUCCUACACGGAAUGAACCUGGUAGAAAACUCUCCCUAUGAACUAGUUGAUAAGGGUUUUGACUAUGUAAGGCUUGCCUCAAUAGCUUCAGGCUCGGAGGUAGGCAUGACGAUGGUGAACCGCUGCCUGAACGCGGCCAAGGCCUGCAACGUGGACGAGACAUGUCAGAAGCUGCGUACAGAGUACGUGUCAGCCUGCAUCAAGCCCACGGUCAAGUCUGGGACCUGCAACCGGGCCAAGUGCAACAAGGCACUGCGCAAGUUCUUCGACCGUGUCCCGCCCGAGUACACUCACGAGCUGCUCUUCUGCCCCUGCACCGACACGGCCUGCGCAGAGCGCCGGAGACAGACCAUCGUCCCCGCGUGCUCCUUCGACAGCAAGGAGAAGCCCAACUGCUUGACAAUCCUCCAGUCCUGCAAGACUGACUAUGUCUGCAGGUCCAGGUGGGCUCAAUACCAGUAUAACUGCCAGCCUUCUCCCCAGUCAACCAGCAGAUGCAAGCUGGAGAACUAUGGAGCGUGCCUACUGUCAUACACUGGCAUCAUAGGCAGCUUGAUAACUCCAAACUACAUUGACAAUUCCACCUCUAACGUGUCACCCAUGUGUUCCUGCACUGCCAGCGGCAACCAGCAGGAGCAGUGUUCCAGCUUCCUCAGCUCAUUCACAGACAAUGACUGUCUCAAAAAUGCGAUUCUAGCUUUUGGUAAUGGAACAGACCUGAACGCAGCACCCAACCAAUCCGAACACUCCACCCCUACCAGCAAGCCCCAGGAGGCUGCCUCCAUCCUGUCAGUUACCAAGGAAACCGAGGACCACCUCUUCAGACAGCUGCUGCCCACCCAGGGUGCCCAGGAGGGGGAGCUGUUGAGCAAGUCGACUCAGGCAUCCCCAGGCAUUUCCAGUGGAGCGCUGUCCAUUCUGAAACUGGGAUCCUGGAGCCCCCUGCUGCUCACGCUCUCCUACUACUGCCUCCACUAGGGGGCGACUCAGCUGCUGGACUAUGGGACCUUUGUAACUCAGCGACUGAGUGGUUUCUUAUUUUAUCUUUCAUGUCCUGGAGGGGAAAGAGGACUAUUUAUAUUUGACACCCAGACCGCAACAAUAGGCGAUGGAAGAAGCCAACAGACUCUUCCCUGCUGCUGUGUUGUGGGUGCUGGAGAGAUAUAACCUUUGUUAAUAGAACUGCUUUAGCAUCUUUUUGCAUAGCCUUUCGGACAAACUUUUUACUGAAACAUUCCUUUAAUGAAGCACCUGAGCAAUGAAGCAAUGAGCAGAUCACAAUACCAAAUUGCUUUUCUUAUUUCAUUUCCUUCUCACCAAACCAAUUGGUGUUAUUUUUCUGACACAACAAGCAGCGUGUUCUUAACCUCUGAGGUCUUCCUUCUAAGACAAAGACACAGUGCGUAAUACUAUGAAGUUGUUUGAACAGGUGCACAGUUAGCUUUGUGUGAGAAGUGCUGAGCAGGAAGAAAACAAAUUUGAAACUGGGUCACUGCUGAAAUGGAACUGGCGAAAGAAGGGCUACGUGUGUCCAUCUGCUUAACAAUAAAACUCUUCAGUAGACUAAUCACUUCGACCAAUGUUGUUGUCAAUCCAUCUGAACUUGGGAAAUGGAACAGUGCUGAGCAAUCUGCUUUGAACGGUAACCAUAUACAAACAAACAGCGGUUCACAUGUGACAACAACUCCAGGAAUGUUUGGGGUAUUUCAUGGCCUGGCCACCUCCAUUAUUAUUAUUGUAACUAUUAGCCUGAGUUGCCUUCCUUUACCCAAUUUUCAUCCCCAGAGGCGAGAGGAGUGCAUGGCUCUGGUGGGAAGAUCUCUCCACAUAUUAGGAUAUUCAAUAGACAGACCUUGUUUUACAUGGUUUAUUUCAAAGAUAUUUCUUCAACCCAAUUUCAGCCUGCCAAUGUGUGCAAAAAUAAGUCAUGCACAGGUUUUGAACUGGGCUUCAUGACACCUCUCAAGAACAGUCUAUUUUUAUUCAAUACUGAGCCAGAAUAGGACUUGCAAUGUCUUGUUCUUGUGAAUCCACGAACAUAGGCCAUCUCUCUGCAUAGGCACCAUGUCAUCGAUAGAGUACAAGCAACGGCUGAAUUAAUAAUGAUGCUAAAGUUGACAUGAAUUCCAAAUUGUAUUUUUUUUAGCAUAGACAUACAGCAGCUACACUUUCUAAUAGUAUAAUAGUCAUUAUUACAGCUUCUUAAAAUACUCCCCAGUGAAGUGGCGAAUCAUAUUACCAUUGCAGUCUGACCUGCUUUCCAACUCACUUCAGCCUUGAACAGUCUCUUUUUUUUUAUUUUUUAGUUCGUAAGCAUGGCAGAUGAUUUCUGCAGAAGCACCAAUAGGGAACGACAAAGAACAAAGAAAAUAUGAUGAUUCAACAAGUACAAAAAUAAAUAGUGCAUUGAGAUGAUAUAAAGAAAUGUUAGUUUGGUAUUCUUUAUCACUUCAAAAUGCAACCAUUCUAUCUGAUCAGGACAAAAUGGAAGAAAUGACCUUGCAAAUACAGUAGAGGCCUCUGUCUACAGCAGAUCCUGAGAUGUGAAAUAUGCACAGCCCAGCAGAACUGUACUCACCUUGUCAUAUACCCAGGGAAGGUCAUAGUUGGCACAUGUAGAACUUCAGCCAUAAGAAACAGGAAACAUUGACAUAUGCCAUAUAUGUGAUGCAGAGAUAUUUGAGCAUCUUGAUCAACGAGGAGCGAUCUUUCUAUACAAAGCAGAUCAUGUGAAGGGUGUAUUACUAGCCAUGACUGAGCCAGCGUAUUGUGACACCAUGUGUUAGAGAGAUGCCCGUUGAAAUGGCCCAGUUAGACUUGGUGGAGACAGUCCCCUUGCUUCAAGAUGGAUCGCUUGACGUCAAUCUUGCUUGUGGAUUUCUAAAUAUCCAGAUUCAUGUUAUUAUUGACAAUAAAAGCAAAACAUA